AUGAUUAUUAUUUUCAUAACAACUGAAAAGAAAACUGAGUCAAGAAAAAGAAAAGCCAUAUCUUCAAAAAGUAAAGAUCAACGACUUGAUGAAAAUGAAGAUGAUUCCGAUUCUGCAACAAAAGAUAUAAAGAAAAGAAAGAAGAAGAUAAUAAAGAAGCAUUUUGAUACAAUCAGAAACAGAACAAAAGAAGAUAAAUGUUAUGAAGAAUGGACAAACCAGUUUGAUGACAAGAAGAUGAUUCGACUUCAAGAUAUAAAGAUUAAGAUUGUUUCCACCAACAAGGCAGAUAUGAAUUUCAAGACGAAUUUCAUAGCUUUGUUGAUCAACUCGCUGAUAGAAUCAAGCUCUUUAGGAAAAGCAAACACCAACCCAUUGACCUACAUAACAAGCAAGACGAAAAUAGAAAACAUCGACUGGUGUUCUUAUCUGAUAGAUUGUUUGGUUAAAAACAAACAGUCUUUUGAUCCAUCAAAUUCAACAAGCAAUUUUAAUGGACCAUCUGCUUAUUUGGUGUUGCUUUAUCUAGUCAGAAUCAAAUCUGAUGUACUUAACAUUGAAAGAACACGUCCAAUGAUCUGCCAUUGGACUUCAGAGAAAAUAAAGAUGAGAGAAACUUUUGAAAAGGAUGAGCUUGGUGAUUUUGGAACAGGGGAUUUCAAUGAUGAGUAUGUUGAUGAAGAAUUGAAUGAGGAGGCUUAUGAACAUGUGGUUAUGAAUAAGUAUAAGAAGUUACAUAUGAUGAUUGAAGAUGGUAUAAAUAAAUUCCCAGAAAAUAUAACCCUUAAUCAUUUGAAAAUUAGCUUUGAUGCAAUUUUUAAAGAUAAGAGUGACAAUAGUAAUGAUGAUGAUGACAAUGGAGAUGAUAAUGAUCAAUCAAAGAAAAAUAAUGUCGGAGGGGAAAAUAUUGAAAGAGUUACGGGACAAGAAAAUGAGAAUCUUGAAGGAGGAGAGGAACAGCAACGAAAAAAUAAAGAUGAGGGAGGUGAAGAUAUUAAAAUAACAGAUGGUGAGAAAGAUGAAAAUGAUAAUAAUGAUCAAGGUUUGGAUGACAUGAAUUUGAAUGAUGAAGGUGUUGAAAAUGACAAAGGUGAUAAUAAUAAAGAAGAACAAAAUGCUGAAGGAGAAGCUGUGGAGGGGAUGAAUAUAGAAAGGAAGAAUGAUAAGAAAGUAGAAGGAAUAACUGGUGAACAACCACAAAGAGAUGGAGAAGAUGGUGAGAAAGAUGAAAAUGAUAAUAAUGAUCAAGGUUUGGAUCACAUGAAUUUGAAUGAUGAAGGUGUUGGAAAUAAAAAAGGUGGUAAUAAUAAAGAAGAACAAAAUGCUGAAGGAGAAGCUGUGGAGGGGAUGAAUAUAGAAAGGAAGAAUGAUAAGAAAAUAGAAGCAAUAACUGGUGAACAACCACAAAGAGAUGGAGAAGGUGUAGAGGGGAUAAAUAUGGAGGGGAAAAUUGGUGAAAAGAAAGAAGGAAAAAAAUUGAAAGGAACAAAUGUUGUUCGAGGAGAAGUCAAUAACGAUAAUUGUUUUGAUGACAUGAAUUUGCAUGAUGAAGGUGUUGAAAAUGAAAAAGGUGGUGAUAAUGAAGAAGAGCAAAAUGUUGAAGGAGAAGAGUUUAGCAGUACCGAAAUGUUAAAUGAUGAUGAAUUCAAUUCUGUUUAUGAAAAGUCCAUGAAAGAAUACCAAAAUAAAAAAGAAGAGAGUAUGAUGGCCUCAUAUGAUCUUAAGAUAAGUCAGUUAACACCUCCAGAGAUGACAGAGAAUACUGCUGAACAAAAAAAAGAUGAAGGUGAAAAAGAAAAUCUGGUGAAAGAUGCGCUAGAUCCAAAAGCGAAGAACCACCCAAAGAUAAAAAUUGUGAAUUCAAAAAAUCGAAACAAAGAGUCUUUGCCUGAUCUUACAGAAAAACAAAAUGGAACUGUAUAUGAUCAACUGUUAUUCACAAUAAACAAAAGAGUCGUAUUCCGAUAUGUAUUUGAAAGUUUUUUUCCCGGAGAAUAUCUAUUUUCAGAUGUCAUAGACUCAUGGUCUGCACUGCUCAACUACAAUGAGAAGGACCGAGACAUUAAUAAUUCUCCAUACAGAGUUUUCUUGUCUAUCCAAAUGACUACAAAGUACAUUGAGGAUGAGCAACUUCCUAAACCAAAAAAAGAUGACAAAAGGAAAAAGAUUGACAAAAAAGUAAAAGAACAAAUGGAAAAGGAAGCAAAGGAGAAAGAUGAGUAUAGAUACAAUCUAUUCAAAAAAUACUUUGUAGAUUGGUUUUAA